CAUAACAUUUUAAAACUCAGUGUGGUUUACAACCAGAUCAAUAUUUUAAAAAGCCAAUAUUACUUCUUCAUUUUAUUUGAAAAGAGAGCAUCAUGGAAAGGAAAGCCUUCCUGUGUAUCCUGUACGUUAUCCUAUUGGUUGCUCCUGGUUCCAUCUUCGCCAAUGCAAGGAUAAAGAAAGAGCAGUCAAGAAAUAAACGUCAGGCCCAAGCCCUCUUACCUCUGGCGUCUUUUGCUGGAAUGUCUGUGAAUGCUCCUCUCUUCCUAGCGCUAGUAGCAAUUUAUGGAAUCGCAGAAGUUGCACGACAUACAGUUGGAAGAUUGACGACUAGAGAUGAUCUUAUUUUAGAUAAACGAAAUCACAAUUGUGGAAACUGGUUCAACGAUGGAUGGUGUAGAGAAGAGUGUCAAUCGCACGAGUACAAUGAUCCUAUUGCAGCGGCUAUCUGUGGAGGUUGGAAUUGUUGCAAGUCCAGUGUUUGAGACGACAUAUACGUUGCAAUUCAAUGAAUAUCACAAAAUAAUAAAUUGCAAAAUUAUAAUGAUUAUACAGCAAUGAAUAUAGUAUGUGUUCUUCAUGUUAACAUCAGAUUAUCUAGAUUGAUAUACAUUCUUGAAUACUUUGUCAUUAUUUGUGUGUUACAUGGAUGUCCUCUUAAAUUGGUAUCAUGAAUUUAAUAGACAAUUUUCUCUUUCUAGUAUAAAUUAAUUUAUGAUUUACAGAAAAAUCAUUGCAAUAUUGCAUUUUUUUAAAUUAGAAAGUCGUUUAUAGAGGUAUAAAAUUGAUGAAAUAUAUGAAAUAAAUUCUUAUACAUUUCA